AACUUAUCAGUAUGGCGUCUUUCAUGGCAGACAAUUCUUCAUCGCCCUCCAAUAGCUGGCCCCUGGAUCAGUUUGUCCAAGAUCCUGGAUAUCUCGCAUACCAGGAAGAACUUCGAUGCCUCAUCUUCAACACAGCUCAGACUGCAGCACCAUCCCGCGAAGCUUCACCUACACUUGGAAGCUAUGGGCCAACUGAUGAAGAACUGGCAGCUCAGGCUCAGACAAAGACAGCCCUUGCUUCCGGACGACGACUUGAAUACCUCAAGAACUAUGUCGCCCAAGUAGCUCCCUGGCUCGAUAUGUUUGAUAGUAACGGGGCAUUCACUGUUCAAGUACCAGUUCUUGCUCGUAGUUGCCCGGCUCUUCUGUAUGCAGUACUCGCCUUGUCCGCUCGCCAGAUGGAGCGUAAAGAGGCCAGGCAGCAUUCAUUCGACAGCCUAGAACUCUACCAAGAAGCUAUUCGUCUCCUUAACCCCUUACUUCAAGCCCGAGACCUCACUAUAAUCCCGAUAUGCGUCAUUCUCUGCUGUCUAGAAAUGAUGUCCGCAAGUCCACAAGACUGGCGCCGUCACCUCGAAGGGUGUGCUGCCCUCUUCGAUUCGUUUGAUGUCAACGGUUUCAGUGGCGGCCUCCUUCAAGCUGUCUUUUGGUGUUAUGCAAGAAUGGAUCUAUGUGGUGCGCUCAUUUCUGAUGGAACUCAAGGCACAUUGGUACCACUGGACAAAUGGCUACCUCCUGGCUCAGAUCCAAACUCCGCCGCUGAUAUCUUUAGAGACCACCGCUCACCAGAUAUGCACGCCAAUUACUCAGUAUAUCUCUGCUCUAAAGUCUGUGAGCUCGUUGCUGACCGAACUCACUAUGUCGAGCUUGGGGAGAACAAUGGUUGCGAUUCUGCAACUUUUGAAAGACGAUGGCUACGACUCUGGCACGAUCUUCAAUCUUGGUUGGAGGAUCGACCGGCAGAAGUAGUUCCUGUCCAAUUCAUUGAAAGCCAACCAUUCCCUCAGAUUCUCUUUGUUCAUUGGGCUGGGAUCUCAUCUAAUCAGCUUUACCACACAGCCUGUACACUGUUGCUAGGGUCGAAACCUCGGGAGGUCAAGCUUGACGUGGGACCGACAGGAUCUUCCAUCUGGCAUGCUAAAUGUAUAUGCGGCAUUUCCUUGACCAACCCCCAUCAAGGCUGCCUCAAUAAUGCCAUCCAGCCACUUUGGAUUGCAGGGAGACUUCUCAGUCACAAGUCGGAACACUUGCUUCUUUCCAAGUUAAUUCUGAGCAUAGAGGCGAUGACGGGGUGGGCAACUAAUUGGCGCAUUGCCGACCUUGAACACGCAUGGGGUUACAAGGUUAGAUGAGAUUAUACCGUCUCCUCUCUUCACUACUGUAGAAAUAAAUCACGGGAAACGGUUGAAGUUGGUAGAAAUAUCAGUCAACGAAAGGGGCAUCCAGUAAGUAACAAGUUAUG